UAAUUGAUGUAUGACUUCAUUGUUGUGUUUGUUGAGCGAAAUGUCCGAAACGUUGUUGUGUUCGGUGUUAUGCUUUGUGUCGAUCUAAAGGCCACUUCUCGUAGUCGUCCCGAUGGCCAAAGUGACGGACGGACGAACCUUUGGCGUCACGGCUGCCAUUUCGAUGGCUGAACCGCAGGACAGCGAUCUGAAGGCCAGUUGUGAACUCGAAACAUGUCUUCGUUCUUACGGUUUGUUCGAAAGUGAAGCCGAAAUGCAGCACAGGAUGAAUGUCUUGUCCAAAGUCAAUGAGACCGUCCAGUCCUGGAUCAAAGAUAUCUCCACGAAGAAGAUGCCCAAACAAAAUGCCGACCAAAUGUCGGGAAAGAUCUUUACUUUCGGUUCUUAUCGAUUGGGCGUUCACACAAAGGGCGCCGAUAUCGACACUCUUCUGGUGGCUCCGCGUCAUAUCGAGAGAAUGGACUUCUUCGCCACGUUUCCCGAAAUAAUUACCGAAAUUCCAAACUGCGAAUACGUGUUGCCGGUUGAGGAGGCGUUUGUUCCGCUCAUAAAAACCAAGAUUGAAGGAAUCGAAUUAGACAUUCUGUUCGCCCGAUUGGCCCUCAAGAAUAUACCGCCGGAUCAGGAUUUACGCGAAGGAAUAUUACUUAAGAAUUUGGAUGAAAAGAGCGUUCGUUCGCUAAACGGUUCGCGAGUUACGGACGAUAUAUUGCUUUUGGUGCCGAAUCACGAAUCUUUUCGUUUAGCCCUCAGAGCCGUCAAACUGUGGGCUAAACGUCGCGGCAUUUAUUCCAAUGCUUUGGGAUAUUUGGGAGGUGUUUCGUGGGCAAUGCUUGUCGCCCGCACGUGUCAAUUGUAUCCACGAGCAGCUGCCGCUACUCUACUUCAGAAGUUUUUUAUGGUAUUCCGACAGUGGCCGUGGCCUAAGCCUGUUCUUCUAAGACAUAAUAGUGAAGAUGACGCGCGACUGGGUUUUCCUGUUUGGGAUCCGCGCAUAAAUCCUGCCGAUCGCUAUCAUCUGAUGCCGAUUAUUACUCCUUCAUAUCCACAACAAAACUCAACAUUUAAUGUCACUUUAAGCACGAAAGCAAUUAUGACUCAAGAAUUCAUUCAAGCAUCCGAAGUGAUCGACCAAAUUAUGAGCGGACAAACUCCAUGGACUGCCCUCUUUGAAUCGGUUCAGUUCUUCUCCAAAUAUCGACACUUCAUUGUUCUAUUGGCCUUUUCUAAUGCCGAAUGGGUUGGUCUCGUCGAGUCCAAGAUUCGGCUAUUAGUGCAGAAUCUGGAGAAACACAAAUGCAUUAGUUUAGCUCACGUUAAUCCCAAACGUUUCACUCGAACAGCUGAAGUGGCCGUUGAUAUUACACCCGAAGAAAGUGAUGGCGAAACUAAAACCGAAAACAAAAUGAUAGACCAAACGAUGUGGUUCAUUGGUCUUGAAUUUAACAAAGCAGAAGGCAUUAAUGUUGACCUAACUCAAGACAUCAAAACAUUUGCUGAAACCGUGACAAAUACAGCGAAAUACAGCAAAUUUUAUAAACCAGAGAUGACUAUCGAUACGAAACACGUCAAGAGAAAAGAAUUGGGAAAAUAUUUAUCACCAAAUGAUUUCAAAACAACUAAAGGCCCAAAAACGCCGCAAAAAGACAAAACGCCCGCGAGUCCUAACAAUGCCGUCACCAAAACGCCUAACUCGACGACCAAUGCCACUAAUACUGCAAAAGAGAUACCACAAACUGAUGCCGAAGAAUUGAUGGCAACUAAUGGCAGUAAAUCACUUGAUAAUUCAUUGAAUAACUCGAAAAGAUCUCUUGACGAGAACGAAGUUACCGAAUCUGUGACCAAAGUUCUAAAAGAAAGCGAAUCCCAAUUUUCACCAAAAGAGUUCACUAAACAAGAAAAUGACAAUCUAGUGCCCACUCCUUUACCACAAGAGUCGUAACCAUUAAGAGCUUUGUAUAUUUGGUAUAAGUUAUUGUCAUAACUUUGUAUUGAAAAAUAAUUGAAUCCGUGAAUCGAUUAAUGCUUUUAAAAUGAAUGACAGAAUUAAUGUUUUGUUCAUUUCAUAGACAAACCAAAUGAAAGACUCUUUGAAAUGAAUUAAUUUGUGACCGGAUUUGCAUUAAUGUCAAGACUUUUAUAGAUAUAUUUAUAUAUUUUUGUUAAUACUU